AAAUAUUUUACAAGUAUUUUAAAAGAAAUAUAUUUCCAUAGCGAAUAAUUUUAUUAUUAUUAUAAAACAUUUACUUUUCCAAUACAAUUACUAAUUUAACAGUGAUAGUUAAGAAAUUCAAAACAUAAUUCACACUUGGAUAUUAGUUGUCUGUCGUUUAUAACUACGUCAGCGAAGAUUCGAGUGAGGUUAGUCUCUUACAAGUAUUCAUAAGCUUCGCUUGUGACCACUUGUCUUUUUUAACGUACCAUAUACCGAAUUCAAUAUGUCUCUACAAGAGCAAUUCGACAAAGCUGCCGGUGACGUCAAGAAACUGAAGUCGCUUCCCGGUGACAAGGACCUCCUAGAGCUGUAUGCCCUGUUCAAACAGGCUACAGUCGGAGAUGCCGACCCUGCCAACAAACCCGGCUUGUUAGACCUCAAGGGCAAAGCGAAAUUCGAGGCGUGGAGCUCUAAGAAGGGCACCUCAAAGGAAGACGCACAAAAGGCCUACAUUGCCAAGGUGGAGGGCCUCGUCGCAUCCAUCGGUCUCCAGUAAUCAAAUCUGACUGUAUCUCAUAAUUGUCCGACACAUCGACUGAAAUUGCCGUAACUAAUUUAGAACCUUAUGUCGAUGGUAAAAAGUACUCGAAUAGCAUUUCCACUAUGCGUGUCGGCGAUUAUAUGAAUUAUUUUUUUUAAUGAGCGGAACGCAGGGUGUAUCAGGCACAAUUGUCUUUGGUUGUGUAUAUUUGUCGUUACGAGAGAAAGUAAAUUGAUAUUUGACUUUCGAAUGGCCGAUUGUCGCGUCUGUGGCCUCGUUUAAAUUUGGAAUUGUCGAAUGUAUUCAAAUGAACAGCCGUCCGACUCAUUAAAAACGCUCUAUUUAUUUAUGGUAUAGGAUUAUAUUAGUUAUUAUUAAGCGAAUGUCAUCACAAUUAUAAAGUAAGCGUAACUUUUGCUACAUAAUUUUUGUACACAAGUCCUGGUGCUCUUACGUAUUUUCUUUAAUAUAUUGCGUUUUUUUGUUAUCCAGUUUUUUAUACAAAUACAUGAAAUAAAUCUGUUGGGAAAUUAAA